AAAAUAUUUUUUUUAGCUGCUAACACAAGCGCAGAUCAUCCGCUUUCUCUCACCAUCGCCGGCGCCAUCUUCCUUUAGUUUCCUCGUACGUAUGAGGAGGGGUCCGAUUCCUGAUGAUGAUGAUGAUGCUGUUCCGAGGAAGGGGAAGGUUGUCACAACCACCGGGGGGUGGCCGGAACUGCUCCGCUGUGUCACGACAAAACCACCACCUAUCCUUCUGGACGAGCUCAUAGCGGAAAUCCUGCUGAGGAUACCGGCGAGGUCUCUCCUUCGAUUAAGGAACAGCGUCUGCAGUUCAUGGAGAACCCUAAUUUCCAGUUCCCAAUUUGCCAAGGACCACCUUCGACGUUCAAUGGCGGUGGAUCCAGCCUUGACCCACCCACUUAUUGCCUAUUUUGCCCGAGCCUGCGAAUACCCCAAAAUCGGAGUGUUCUCCGUACGAUCUGUGAUGGAGAACCCUCCCCAGGAACCCACUAAAGUAGUUUCCUAUGAGGGACGACGCUACCGCAUCAUCAUUGGCUCUUGCAAUGGAUUGCUGUGCUUGCACGAUGAAGAGCGCGGCGAGGAUGGAUUCAUAAUAAGCCGUCGUGCCAUGCUGUGGAACCCCUGCACCGGAUUCACUUCUCAGCCGCUUGAAAUUGCAGGUGUCCUCUCCAUUUGCGGAUUCGGUUAUGAUCAUGUCAAUGACAAGUAUAAGCUCUUGGCUGUUGUGAGAAAGAAAUCAGGCGAACCCGUCACCACCAGAAUGUUUACAUUCGGCCCAAAUUCUACCUGGAGAACAAUCCAGGAUUUCCCCCAUAAUUAUUUUGACUUUCAUUCCGGGAAAUAUCUGGAGCGUCUUGCAGGGCUUUAUUUAAGUGGCACUGGCACUCUUAAUUGGCUUCUUUACAGCUAUAGUAGUUUUGUGAAGGUUAUUUCCCUUGACUUGGUCAAAGAGACUUAUAGUCAGUUUUCCCUUCCCAGCAGGGAUUCACAUGAUAAUCUCUGGAUGGAACCCAAAUUGGGUAUCUUGAGGGAUUGUCUUGCUGUUUGUUAUGAGACUAAGAAAACUCAUUGGACUGUCUGGUUCAUGAAGGACUAUGGAGUUCCUCAGUCUUGGACUAAAUUGACCACAAUCCCCCACCACCCGCUACUCGUUCAUAGUCCCUCAUGCGUUGCAUUACAGCCUAUAUACAUGUUGAAAGAUGUUCUCCUUGCAAUUGCUCCGAGUGGCAAGUUUGUUUUAUGUAACUUAAAAGAUGGCAGCAUAGAUCUUCCUAAUAUUAACAGCUCCAGUGAUGGCAUGCCCAGACUUCUUCCUUUAACUCAGCACGCAUCUCCAAGGGUCUUUCAACUCUAUCAUGAAAGCUUAGUUUCGCCCUCGCACUUUGGUCUUCCAAGUUGCUCAUCUGAGAUGCGGUUAAUUAAGCCAAGCCUAUAAUCUCUUAUGAUUAAUGUAGUGCCUUGUUUUUUUUGUAUUUUAUAGACUCUGGCUUCAUGUUUAAUGUUUUUUAAUUAGGUUCCUUAUGAAUACCGAUUUUCUUUUGUUUUAGUUAGAA